AGCUAGAGCGUGCGGGCGGCGGCGGCGGCGGCAGCGAGAGUGGUCGCCAGCCUGCAACUUGGCGAGAGGAAACAGCUGAGUGUGAAGGAGGUGGGGCACAAUCCGAGACUCCGCCACGAGCCCCUCGGAGACGGUCCUGGCAGUCUCUCCCCUUCCCGGGCACCCGAGCUGCUUCCAAGCCCUUUGCCGUCAAUUUUGCAGACUAGGGGUGAAAUUAACCAGAGCUGGAGGUCCAUGUAGAUCUGAGUCAUUUGAACUGGCAGAAAAGGAACUUAUAAUAACCAUAAUAAUAAAGGUUACAACAAUUGUGCCCUGAAGCCGAGGCCUUGUGAUGAAGUGAAGAGGAACUCUCUGGAAUGUGGAGUCUCUGGAGAGAAAUGUGAAUGGCGGCACUGACUGAGGCCUGAGCUUCUCUGUUGUGUUGGCUACUGGAGAAAGUAAUGCUAGAAGGGGGAAGUGCUCCCUCACUAUAGGAGGAUAUGAUGUCGGUUGAAGGCUCCACAAUAACAAGCAGAAUAAAGAACUUGCUUCGAUCUCCCUCAAUCAAGCUGAGGAGGAGCAAGCCUGGAAGCAAGAGGGAAGACAUCAGCUCUAAGGUGACCUUGGAGAAGGUGUUGGGAAUCACUGUAUCAGGAGGCAGAGGACUGGCCUGUGAUCCUAAAAGUGGUCUUGUUGCCUAUCCAGCUGGGUGUGUUGUUGUGCUCUUCAACCCCAGGAAAAAUAAGCAGCACCAUAUUCUGAAUAGUUCCAGGAAAACUAUUACGGCCCUUGCUUUCUCUCCUGAUGGAAAAUACCUGGUUACUGGAGAGAGUGGGCACAUGCCAGCUGUUCGAGUAUGGGAUGUUGCUGAAAGAACUCAGGUGGCUGAGCUUCAAGAACAUAAAUAUGGAGUGGCGUGUGUUGCUUUCUCGCCCAGCUCCAAGUACAUUGUCUCUGUGGGUUACCAACAUGACAUGAUUGUCAAUGUUUGGUCAUGGAAGAAAAAUGUAGUUGUGGCAGCAAAUAAGGUCUCAAGCAAAGUGACAGCUGUUUCAUUCUCUGAGGACUGCAGCUACUUUGUCACCGCUGGAAACCGGCACAUCAAAUUCUGGUACCUGAAUGACAGCAAAACCUCCAAGGUGAAUGCCACGGUUCCUUUGCUUGGGCGCUCUGGUUUGCUUGGCGAACUGAGGAACAACUUCUUUAUGGAUGUGGCGUGUGGCAGGGGCAAGAAAGCAGACAGCACCUUCUGUAUCACUUCCUCAGGUCUCCUUUGUGAAUUCAAUGAGAAAAGGCUGCUGGACAAGUGGGUGGAGCUGAGAAACACAGACAGCUUCACAACUACUGUGGCAAACUGCAUCUCUGUGAGCCAUGAUUACAUCUUUUGUGGUUGUGCUGAUGGUACAGUGCGGAUUUUUAACCCUUCAAACCUUCAUUUUGUGACUACACUCCCUAAACCUCAUUUCCUGGGAACGGAUGUCUCGUCUGUCACUGAAGCCAGCACAUAUAUGCAUGAUUUUUUUAAUAGCCGGUUGUUCUCCAAUAUGACUGAUGCCAAGUAUCCAGAUACUAUCGCUUUGACAUUUGACCCCAACAACCAGUGGCUGUCAUGUGUUUACAAUGAUCACAGCUUGUACGUAUGGGAUGUCAAGGACCCCAAGAAAGUUGGCAAGGUUUAUUCUGCUUUAUACCACUCCUUGUGUGUUUGGAGCAUUGAGGUGUACCCUGAGGUGAAGGACAGCAAUCAGUCCUGCUUACCCCCAAACUCUUUCAUCACAUGUUCCUCAGAUAAUACCAUCCGCCUCUGGAACACGGAGAGCUCGAACAUUCAUGGGUCCGCUUUGCAUCGAAACAUUCUGAGCAAUGAUUUAAUGAAAAUUAUCUAUGUCGAUGGAAACACUCAGGCCCUUUUGGACACAGAGUACAAUACAGGUGGAAGUGCAGACAAAGCUGACAUGCAGGCUCAAGACACAAAAGUGGGGAUUCGCACAGUGUGUGUAAGUCCCACUGGGGAGCACAUGGCCUCAGGCGAUAGGAUAGGCACUCUCAGGAUCUAUGAGCUGAAAUCCUUGAAAGAGAUGCUGAAGGUAGAGGCCCAUGAUUCAGAAAUCCUCUGCCUUGAGUACUCCAAACCGGAGACAGGGUUAAAACUUCUGGCAUCAGCCAGUCGGGACAGGCUGAUCCAUGUUUUGGAUGCAGGGAAAGACUACAGCCUGCAACAGACCCUGGAUGAACACUCCUCUUCCAUCACAGCAGUAAAAUUUGCAGCCAAUGAUGGAAAGGUCCGAAUGAUCAGUUGUGGAGCAGAUAAGAGUAUUUAUUUCCGCACUGCACAGAAGAAAGCAGAUGGGGUUCAGUUUACUCGUACGCAUCAUGUUGUUAGGAAGACCACUUUGUAUGACAUGGAUGUGGAUCCUAAUUGGAAAUAUGCUGCUAUUGGAUGCCAGGACCGGAACAUCAGGAUUUUCAACAUUAGCAGUGGGAAGCAGAAAAAACUAUACAAGGGAUCCCAAAGUGAAGAUGGCACUCUCAUCAAAGUACAAACUGAUCCCUCCGGUCUCUACAUUGCAACAAGUUGCUCUGAUAAGAACCUUUCUAUAUUUGAUUUCUACUCAGGGGAAUGUGUGGCCACAAUGUAUGGGCACUCAGAGAUUGUAACUGGGAUGAUGUUCACCAAUGACUGUAAACACUUGAUCUCUGUCUCAGGUGACAGCUGUAUUUUCAUCUGGCGACUGAGUUCUGAGAUGACCAUCAACAUGCGGCAGAGACUGGCUGACAUGAAACAAAGAGGGAAGCAAGCAGAGAAACCACAACCAGGCAAAACAGCUGGGCUCAACAGACAUGAAACAGCCUCUGUCCUCUCAUCUGCACCAGUGCUCUCAUCAGACAGUGACAAAGAUGGUGAAGAUGAAGGGAAUGAUGAAGAUGAGUUGCCCAGUCUUCAAGUGCAAACCAGCUCAAACACUGAAAGGGACUCAGAUUCAGAUCUUUCUCUUUCAAGAAGCUUAUCACAGUGGGAAAUGAGGAGGGCGAAAGACAUUGCAACGAUCCAGUGUUCAGAGACAUCAAUGAGCAAGGCACCUCGACAGCGUGGCUGUUGGUCCCAACCAACUAGCAGCCUAGAGAUGACAGUUAAAUCCAUGCUUGAUUUACGCCAGCUGGAAUCCUACUCGGUCUCCAGGUCUCCUAGCCGAGACUCCAUGUCCCAAGCCAGCAAUGGAGAUGACCAAGAGGAGCGUACUGAUAUACCUUUGCAUGUCAUGCACGUCAGCAGUGUUGGAGACUACACAUCUGCUAAGGAGAACCUGCCUUGUGUCCGGCCCCAAGUUAUUCGGCUUUUAUCCUGUGAGGAUGGGAUUUUCCCCCAGGAACUGGAGCCAUCUGAGAGUGAGGAGUGUGUGAUCUAUCCAGAACAAGAUGAAAUUCACCCUGCAGAUAUUAGCAGUGAGUUCCAGGUAAAGGCACUCCCGCAUGGGAAGUUAGGUAGAGGCUACCACAGCAAUGGAUGCCCAGAUAAACACAGCCCAGACAGUGCUUGCUCUGUGGACUACAGCAGCAGUCGACUAUCAAGUCCGAAUGAAGAUUCUGAGAGUACAGAACCUCUCAGCGUUGAUGGUACCUCAGACUUGGAUGAACAGGUAGAAGGAGAGGGAGACGAUGAAGAAGAUGUGGGCACUGAACAGCUGGGGGGAGAAGUCCCCAGGACUCCAGAUCAGGAGAAGUUUCUCAAGCAACAUUUUGAGACAUUGGCCAAUAAUGGUGAAAAGGGUGGAUCAUGUAGGAACCUGGAGAGAACAGAAAACAGUAUUUCUUCUCGCUUUUUGUCCCAGUCUCCAGCUUUCAGACAUCUGUCACUUUCUAAUCUGCCAUUGGAUCAAAAACCUGCUGAAGUUCCUGCCUUGUCAAAACAAGUUUCUACUGAUUUGUUGAAAAAUGGGAUUGAUCACUUGAAUUCGACUACAGAGAACGGCAGUUUUCAAAACGAUGUGAAUUCCUUUAAGUCUAUUUAUGUGCAUAGAAAGAGAAAACCUGCUUUAGAGAUCAACAGAGGUCCUGGAAGACCCGUUGGGCCAUUCCCCGAUAGUGAUGGGGUGAUGAGAAAAUCCCAUUCAGUUCAUGACCUUGUCCAUAAUGAUAAGGUUCCAGGGGUGGUGGUGAUGCCUUCUGCCAGGCAGCGUCCUCAGACACUAAUGGUAGGUGAGAAGGAUCCCAGGUAUAAUCCCUGUCAGACAUUGCCCGCAAGUCUGUUGAAGAUGGAUGGCUCCAAUUCCCUACAAGCCAAAGACUGUAAAACUAUGAAACCAAAGUCCUACAUGAAUCCUACCACUAGCUUCAUGGCCAAGAUAUCCCGCAGCAUAUCUGUAGGAGAGAAUCUGUGUCUUGAUGAUUCUGCAGAAACCAUGACUGAGGGAGAGAUCAGCCUCCAGGUACCAGAGAAGACACAGCUAAAUCCUUCAGGAGACACAGAGAAGAACAAACCACUUGUAAAAGAAAAUGGCCUAAUUAAACCAUCUCAUCAACAAGCCACAAGCUCUGUGUCACCCAAGUCCUUUCACAGCAAGUUAACAUCUAACAGGGCCCAUUUGAUCCUGGACAUCCCCAAACCACUACCUGACAGACCAACAUUGGCUUCUUUUUCACCAACUGCCAAAUCAAAAACACUACAGUCUCCACAAUCACCAGCUGGCACUGGUAAAAAGAAACACUCCUUUUCUGACGGCCGGACUUCUAAGAUGGAAAGCCAAGUAGCUGUGUUUUUUGGGCCUGGCAAAGAUUGCUCAGCAAACCCCUGUACAGAGAUCUUGAAAGAGAACCAGAUGUUAUUGAGGACUGAAGUCCAGUUUGAGCCAGGAGUUACUAACUCCCAAACAAAAGAGUCUUCAGAUGAAUUACCUCCAAAGUUUCCAGAGGACAGUGUGCUGGGGUGCAGCUUUGCCAACUUUGGCAGUAUGGCAGAUACCCAACAGAGCAGACUGAGGCCUCCCACAACAGUGGUAGCCCCAGCAGAGGACUCAGGUGUGCACAGAUAUCCAUCUCUAAACUUCUUCCCCCUUCUGUCUCCUGUCCUUGUGAAUCGCUUCACAAUUCCAUCACAUUUCUUUACAUCCAGCUUCUGGCCUGUCUCGUCUUGUCUGCACCUCUCUCGUUCCAUAAGCCAUCCUUUAAAUGGAAGUUCUUCUAUCAGUGUUGAACAGUGCAAGCAUGUUGUGUCAGAACUCCAAGAUAGCAUGCGCAAGGCUAUCCAUAUGUACCAUGUGGUAUCUGCUGGCACGGAUUCUUUAGCGGACAAAAAUGAGAUGGCCGGUCUCUUGACUGACACGUUCUCUCUGAUGAAAAAAGAGUUAGAUUCCCUCAAGGAUGGAAAAGAACUCCAAAAGGAGAAAGUGAUGUUGGUGAAUCAGCAAGAUGCUGUUGUGAUGCCACUAAGUGAGGAAAGCGGUUCCCCUGAUUCAGUCCCUCAGCAUUUUGGGGAUGAGCAGACUCUUGCUUUGUUGGAGCAAUACUCCAAGUUGUUACUACAGGCUGUUGAACGACGUAUGGAUAAAAAACUCUGAAAGAGUCAGAAUCGACAUAUUGAAGAAAACUAAGUAACACAGGAAAACAGAGUUCAUGGUGGAAGCCCAGGAUUGAAUGCCAUCGUUACUUUUAUCCUUUUGAGAAAAGGUCUCUCUCCCUCAAAUAACGAACAGUGCUCUUAAGAGUCCAUCUAUGAAAAAUGUGCUGGUCACGAUACUGAUCCUUUGUGUAUGUUUCCUCUCUAUGAACAUUGUUUAGAGAAACUACCUGGAAAUUUCCUCCAGGCAAUGUUUUACGUUUGGCUUUACAAAAAUGUUUCUACAGGAAAAACCUAACAGACUCCAUUGUAACCUAUGGCCCAAUCUGAAAUGGUUUGUUUUGAAAGAGAUAGACAGCGCCAGUCACUCCCUUGUUCAGGCUUGUCUUGGUCGGUGUACAGACUGCUAAACUUUUUAUUUAUUAAUUUAUUUUUGUGAUUACAGCUCUCAACGUUUCACCUACAUUUUUCAGCUGUGGCUGUUUUUCUGUAUCUUUCUACCUGACCAUGCGAGAGAUGACUUUAUUACAGUAAAUGGACUUGUAGAAUAGCAAGCAGGAUUACUGAACUAUUUUCUGCUGCAACCUGCCUUGCUGAAUUUCACUCCCUAAUGCCUGGGUUUACUACACAGGGAGCUUCUUGUAUUUAUACUACUUAAUAUCCUCCCUCUUUGGUGUCUAAACUAAACAAAGACUUGUGCUUUACCUUCAUCUGCACUUGCUUCCAGAGGAUGAUGUACCUUUUGGACCAAGGUCUGGAGAUUUGUUACAAGGCUGUUUUUAAAUGGAAUGGCAUUUUUUAAAAAACCUGUUUUUAACAUUUUCUUGGAUUUUUUUCAAAUAAAACCUGGUCUUUUGUAAGUCA